AUGUCGUAUUCAUCUCCACGCCAUUCACAGAGUUUUUACCAGUACGACUCUUCAACGCCACCACCGCCGCCGCCCAAACCUGGACGUUCAAGCGGGACUGCAACACCAUCACAGGGCCCUCCACUGCCUCCGCCCCCACCAGGGCAAGCGUCUUCUGGAAAUCAGCAGCAUACGUCACAGGCGCAAUACCAGCAAUAUGCGCCCACAGAUGCAGAGCAGUUUGUGAUUCAGCCCCCGGAUAAUGGCUGGUUGCCAGAUGUUCUCAAGGACAAGUCAACAAAGGAUUUGCAUCAUGUAUUGCAGACACCAGAACUGCAGAAUGCGAUUAUUUAUAAUCCCGAAACAACACAUGCCUCUCUGACUGCAUCCAUUGCACCUUUGCAGGCGCUUCUUGCACAGAACGUGGGACUGGCAGAAUCACUCAAGCAGCUUGAAGCGCACGUGCAGCAUCAGCGGGAUGGGGUGCAGUCACGAUUGCUGGCACUCCGUGCCCUAGAGCGGCAGUGGAAAACGAAACAAGCCGAGCAAGAUGAAGCGCUCCGAGAGUUUAGUCCCCCGGCCUUGUAUCAGCGUUUGAGUGCCUCAGUGGGUGAGCAAGAGGCUCUCUGCCGAGGCCUCGAAGAGAGCUUUCUCGAAGGCGAAGGCGAAGGCUACGGCGGUGGGGAUGCCGUGGCCAGCGACCGCGAGGUGACGGACUUUGUGAGGCGGCUGAGGGAAGGGCGCAAGGUUGCCUAUCUCCGGGCAGAGCGCAAGGAGCGCUGGGAUGAAGGCCGAGUGGGUGGGUGGCGGUGA